UAUCUCUUCUUCUUUCUCUGCCUAUUUCUCGUGUCAUGUUAUGAACACUCAACACUACAAGUACUAUCCUUCUCUUUUCCCGCGAAUUUCUCUCUUUGCAAAAUUUUAUCUUUGACGUCAAUGAUCAAUCCCUUCUCCCUCUUUAUCUCUCUAGAACAACCUGAUCACUCUUUUGCCUAUUUGGUUUAAUUUUUCUCUCACCCUUAUCAAAAGAAUUUUUUUUUCCUGCUUAUCCUUUUUUAGCCGUUACGCGUUUAUAAAAAAAACAAGUAGACGUUUUUCUUUUUUACAAACAAGAAAACUUCUGUUUAUUCUUGAUAGUUUCCUUAAAACCCUCCUAAGUUUUAAUGUUACCGUUUAAUGUGCUUCCUAGUAAUCUCUGUUUUUUUUUUAAUUAAAAAAAAACUGGAUUACAGUUAUGUAGCAGUGUUGAAGUUGAUCAAUCUUUGAAGGAAAAGUCUUAAAUUUUUUAGGGGUUUUAAGAAUUUAAUUUAGAGAGUUUUUUUUUUCUUUUCAUCAACACAUUGUUAAAGAUCGAAGAUUUUUUUUUUCCUAAAGGGUGGCUUGCUUUUACUUUGUUUUUGUUAAUUUAGCGUGUGAGAGAGAUCAUGGUUGAAGAAGUUAAGGAGAUCAAUUCUAAUUCAAAGACAAAGGGUUUAGUUUACUGGACUGGUUUGGUGCCCCAUGGUGGCAUUCGCAAUGCGAUUCAAAAUCAACAAGGGAGGAUGACUGGUCCUACAAGACGAUCAAAAAAAUGGACAGGGGAGGAGGAUAAAAUAUUAGCUGAUGCAGUCAAAAGGUACAAUAGCAAAAAUUGGAAGAAGAUCGCUGAAUGUGUUCCUGAUAGAACAGAUGUUCAGUGCCUGCAUCGAUGGCAGAAGGUUCUUGACCCUAAACUUGUUAAAGGACCCUGGAAAAAAGAGGAAGAUGAUCUCAUUCGAGAGCUUGUUGAAAAACAUGGAAACAAGAAAUGGUCUCAAGUAGCAAAACACUUGACAGGCCGCAUAGGCAAGCAAUGCCGAGAAAGGUGGCACAACCAUUUAAAUCCAGAUAUUAAUAGAACUCCAUGGACCAAAGAGGAGGAAGCAAUUCUCAUCAAAGCCCACGGAGCAUAUGGUAACAAGUGGGCUGAGAUCGCAAAGCUUCUGCAUGGAAGGACUGAAAAUUCAAUAAAAAAUCAUUGGAACUGCUCAGUGAGGAAGAGAAUAGAAUCAUAUCCAGCUCGUGGUUUGGACUUUUAUAGUUACAAGACAAAAGCAGAUGGCAAGAAGCUAGAGGUGGGCAAGCAAAGAAAUGAUCGGGGUGUGAACUUGUGCUCAAACGUGGAACCUUGUUCACUGGAUUUGGUUCUUGGAAAUGUUGGUAGAAGGGAGGGCCAAUUGAAGACGUCAGAUAAUGAAAUUUGUAAAGAGUGGAACGAUUCAGCAAAGUCCACAGGUAGAACUAUAGGUACUAAAGCUACUGAUACAUGUGUUCUGUCCAGCCAAGAUUGCAGAGAAAGUGCCAGUAGUGCAUACACAUCUGAGUCAACAGACCAUUCCUCUGUUAACCAGCCUGGGAAAAUCUGUGAUAUUUCUUUCGGUAGUCUCAUGAGGUCUCCAUAUUCACAGGAAAGGACUCAUGAGACUACAAAUACUAUCAAUUCAUUGCCUUCUGAAGCACUUUCUCCGUCUUUGGAUCUCUCUCUGAGUACUCCAUUCAGUGCACAUGGUUAUGAUGAAACAAUGGAUGAACAUGAGAAAAAUAGAGGGGCAGGAGGGCCUAACACUACGGAUAAAUUACAUCGUGGCUUGUGCUACGAGUCACUCCAGCCAAAGGAUUUGAAUGUCUUCCUGGAAACCGGUAGUUUUCCCGGUUCAGAUUGCUACAUCCGCACAGUAGGAGGUCCAGGUUCCUUCUCCACUCCAAUAAGCCGCAAUAGAGUGUCUCCUAGUUGUAGCAGUCCAGAAUCCAGACUGAGAAGCAAAGCAAGGAGUUUCAAAAGCACGCCAUCGAUUAUAAGGAAGAGAAGUUCUAUUACUUUGAGACAAGCUGGCUCAUCUGACAAAGAUGAUAAUGGCCUCCGGUCGCUAGGUUCUUGCUCAUCUGACAAAGAUGAUGAUGAUGAUGAUGUGGAUCUAUUAAACAAGAAGCAGCUUUUCCUUUCUCCUCCGAAAUCCAAGAAGCUUGAAACUCCAGAAGAAAUGAAGUCUGUAGAAAAACGCCUGGAAUACGCUUUUAACAUAGAAGGUUAAUACAACGGUAGGACUAGGCCAGUUCCACCAUACCUUCCAUACCCAUAUCUACAUCAUCUGAUAGUUUUUCUCCUGCUAAUUUUAAUUAAGAGAAGUUUUAGGUCAUUGAUGUGAAUUAGACUGAUCAGGAUCUACAGUGGAUGCACAUUGGCAUUGCUUUAAUCUUUUCAGGGUCUCAGGAGUGCUGAAUUAGCCCAUCUAUCUUUUGUUUUGCAAAAGAGGGCAACUUUACGUCCUAGCUUCUCCUAGUUUGCAGUGAACUAGUGUCAAUUAACUCAUUGGCAACUUUUAUUAUCAGCAGCGAACGGCUUUAGUGAAAAACCAUUUAGGAAAAGU